UGCACGCCUUCCGGAAGUGACGCAUGCACUAACGUCAGAGGCCGGAAGUGCCCGUCUGGAGGGUAAACAACGAGCUGACUGAGGCAGAAGCUGCUGGACUCGGGAGCCGCCUCCAUCUUUAACGCGCCGGAGUCCGCCGCCCGCCGGGGAGAUGGGGGGCGUCCUGGGCCUGUGCUCCGUGGCGAGCUGGAUACCGUGUUUAUGUGGCAGUGCCCCAUGUCUACUGUGCGGAUGCUGCCCCAGUGGAAACAACUCCACCAUAACUAGGCUGAUUUAUGCUUUCAUCUUGCUCCUUGGAGUGAGUGUUGCCUGUGUCAUGCUAAUGCCAGGAAUGGAGGAACAGCUGAAGAAGAUUCCUGGAUUUUGUGAUGGAGGGAUUGGAACAACUAUUCCUGGUGUGCAUGGUCAUGUGAAUUGUGAUGUCUUAGUCGGAUACAAAGCAGUGUACCGUGUGUGCUUUGGUAUGGCCAUGUUCUUCCUUCUGUUCUCCUUGUUGAUGAUCAAAGUAAAGAGCAGCAGUGAUCCAAGAGCAGCAGUGCACAAUGGAUUCUGGUUCUUCAAAUUUGCUAUAGCAGUAGCAAUUAAUGUUGGAGCUUUUUUCAUCCCAGAGGGACCCUUUACUACUGUGUGGUUUUAUGUCGGCAUGGCUGGGGCCUUCUGCUUCAUUCUUAUUCAGCUGGUCCUGCUUAUUGACUUUGCUCACUCUUGGAAUGAAUCUUGGGUUGAAAAAAUGGAGGAAGGAAAUUCAAGAUGUUGGUAUGCAGCUCUGCUGUCAGCUACGGCUCUAAAUUACCUGCUGUCUCUGGUUGCUGUUGUCUUGUUUUAUGUUUAUUAUACUCAUCCAGAAGACUGCUCCGAAAAUAAGGCAUUCAUCAGUGUUAAUAUGUUGCUGUGUAUUGGCGCCUCUGUAAUGUCAAUUCUGCCUAAGAUCCAGGAAUCUCAGCCACGAUCUGGUUUGUUGCAGUCCUCAGUGAUCACAAUUUAUACAAUGUAUCUAACCUGGUCAGCUAUGACCAAUGAACCAGAAAGGAAGUGCAAUCCAAGCUUGCUGCGCAUAAUUGGUUACAACACCACCACCAUUCCAAGCCAAGGUCAGGUCGUCCAGUGGUGGGAUGCACAAGGAAUUGUAGGACUUAUUCUGUUUUUGCUGUGUGUUCUGUAUUCAAGCAUCCGGACAUCCAGUAACAACCAGGUUAACAAACUGACGCUAACUAAUGAUGAAUCAACACUGAUAGAAGAUGGGGUACCCAGAAGUGAUGGCUCUUUGGAUGAUGGAGAUGAUAGCCACCGUGCUGUAGAUAAUGAAAGGGAUGGAGUUACUUACAGUUAUUCCUUCUUUCACUUCAUGCUUUUCCUGGCUUCACUGUAUAUCAUGAUGACCCUCACCAACUGGUACAGUCCUGACUCUUCCUAUGAGACGAUGAUUAGUAAAUGGCCAUCUGUCUGGGUGAAGAUAUCUUCCAGCUGGAUUGGCAUUGUGCUGUAUGUGUGGACUCUUGUGGCUCCGCUGGUUCUUACAAACCGUGACUUUGACUGAGCUGUGCUUCUCCUCUGAAGGCUUCAGUUCAUUUCCCCACUUGUUGAAACUAACAGUAUUCCAGACUAAAAUGUAGUUGUAAAUAUGUGCGUGCUUGCUGCCCAUGUAGUAGACUGUACCUUGUUCUGCAUGAUUACCUUUAGAUCAUGUCCCCUUGCCAGUUCACUAAAUGACUUUUCUAGCCAAGCUCAGUGAUUAAUUACUAUGAUAUUGGUUUUCAUAAGAGUACUUUAGGUUUAGUGCUGUGGGUGAGGUAGAUGUAAAAUCGGUCAGUUUGUUGUAUUCUUCUCCCUCCCCCAAUGCUGAGUAGCAAAGGGUGCAAGAACAACUGGGUUGGAACUUUAUUUAAUUAGAUGGAGUUAAAAACAGGUUUUAUAGGAGGAAUUUUAAGCAAGUUAGGGCUACUAUUGACAAUUCAUGUUGCCUUGUUUUCAGAGUCAGCCUUCAGUAAGUAUUGAGCAUUUAGGCCAAUUCAAAUGGUGCACGUUACACUUCUCUCUGAUAUCUUAAAGCCUUUUGGCUCUGUCUUGUUUUCACCUGUAAUAUAUAUGUUAAUGUAUUUAGCUUGAGUGCUAAAUUGAAGGAAUUUGAACCUACACUUCUCUGAAUGUUCCCUUUGGAGCUAGUGUAUUGGACAUGCCCUAUUCCUGACAAAAGGACGCUAGGAAGAUUUGGCCCCAGGAGUCAAAGAUGUAUAUUGUAAAUCUGUGUCUUAGUAUUUUUGAAAUACUUUAUAUAUAGCUAAGUUAUACUCUGGCUCUAAUCAAGCUGAGAGGUUGCAAGGAAAGUAGCAAGCCUGGUUGCAAAGGAUAAUGAGUCACUGGCUGGGUGUGACAGCAAAUGCUUAUGAUCAGAAGUUCAGAGAAAAAGGAGUGCUGAAGCUACAGUCAUUAGAGACUUGCAUUCUAUAGCUGGCUUCUACAAAAUUAUUUAAUCUUUAAAUUCAGGGUAUUAGAACCUGAUCUGUUUUAAUAUCUUAUGGUACCUGUUUCUGCUGGUGUGUCCAUUGCCAGUAACGGACAUGUGCUUAGAUGUGGGCAUCAAGUUAACUAGUUGGUCUGAUUAAAAAAGUGUAAUUUUGUGCAGUUCUUGAAAAUUUUAAAUGCUAUUAUGCGUGCUGCUUUGUAAUUAAAUAAACUGUGGUGUAUGUAUGUGUGCAUGCUCUGCUGGUGGUUAGGUUGAGACUGACAAUCUCAGUGGGAGUGAAGCCAGAGCUGUACUUCAUCAGUCAUUAUAUAAACUACUAUAUGGUGUUGCUACUGCUGUCUCAUGUAGCUAAUUCUUCUCAUUUAAGUUUUAUUUUAAAUAGCCUAUGGCAAUGUGUUUGAGCAAAGUAAGACUGCUGUGUUAGUCGGAGCCAGUGCUGUUUGGAGGCAGCUGAAGCCAAUACUGUGUACAGUCAUUUUGAACAUAUUACCUUACCUGUCAAUAAACAAAUUCAGAUAAA